AAAGGAAGUAUAUAGAGACAUCAUAAUUCAAAAUUUCAAAAAUAAAAUUAAAAUAAUAUUUGGAAUGAAGGAAAGAAAAAACAUGAAUUUCAUCAACCCUUUUUGCUUGGAGCCAACUUUAUUUUUCUGUUUGCUGGCAUUUAAAUUCACCUUCAUACAUAUAAACCUGCAUACUAUGUUAACUCAAGUUUCCUUCUUCAGAAAUUCUGUAAUAUAUUAUUAUUUCUAAUUUUUAUAAUUUUGUAUUUGUUUUUCUUGGUGUCAAGUCUCUAACAGAUAGAUAAGUUUUAGCAACCCCAAUCAAAUAAUCAAUGCAUUGUUCUGCUGUGUAAUCUGAAAAAAAAAUAAAAAAAGAAAUAUAUAUAUUUUCUCCUUAAACUUCUUUGUUUUAACAACAAAAUCUUUUCUCCUUAAACUUCUCUGAUUUGAUGGCUAUAGCUUCAACCAAAGAAGAGGCUCCGAGGCGAUUAUCGGAGUUUCUUAACGAGCAGCAAGAACCGUUCGUGCUGGAAAUAUACUUACGUGAAAGAGGGUAUCGUAUAAGAAAAAGCUUGGAGUUAGAGGGUGGACAUAUUGGUUGUUGUUCAACAACGUCGAACCAUAAUCUUAAGAACAGCUCAAGCAAUCAGAAUUUGAAAAAGAGUUUGAAUCAUCAUCAUGUUGGAGCAAAUCAUGUACCAAGGAAGAGUAGUUCUAUUUCAAGCAUUGCUAGGAGACUGGUUAAUAAAAUCGUUUCGAUGAAGGGGAGGAAGACGAGAACAACGAAAGAGAAUGAAGUUGAGCCUGCCAACAAAUAUUCUUCUACUAGUGGCUUAACUACACUGUCAAAUUAUACAUGGUUUGAGGGUGAUACAGAUGGAGAUACUAUCAGUAGAUCAUCUCCGGCCAAGAACGAGACUACUCGUGAUGAUAAGUCAGCAUCAGAUAGAUUGAUGAUUGAAUGGAGAAUUGUCGAAGACAACAAACAAUGCAGUCCGGAUUCAGUCCUUGAUGAACUCGAUUUUGAUGCUAUCGCAGUUUAUAAUGCGAAAAAACAGCAUGAGAGAACUCCAGUAGAAUCAAGAAUAAGGUUUCAGAGAAAUGUUUCAGAGGAUGCAAUUGUCUCGGCCUCGCUUUGGGAACUGCUGGUGCAGUUCAGAAACAAGCCAAAGCAGCAAGGGAGCAGAAAACCAUUUCCGGAGUACAUGAACUCUAAGAAAGCCUUACAGCAAAAUCGACAACUGAUGUUCGACUGCGUGAGAGAAGUGGUAGAAAAUGGGAAGCAACAGAACAAUGGCAACAGAGAGAAUGGAAUAAAAAUAGGACCUGAAGAAAUUGGGAAGUUCAUUUGUAGAAACUUGAAAGAAUGGGGGAAACUGUCUGCUGAUGAAACAAACAUCAAACAGGUACUAAAAAUGGACUUAUUAGGAGAUGAUGAAUGGGGUGGCUCUGAAAUAUGGAAGACAGAAAUUGUUGCUGAAAUUGGAAAUUGUAUCAUUGAUGAUAUUACAGAACAGAUUAUUAAUGACAUGAUUGAUUACUAAUGAGUAUUAGCGCAUGCUACACGGAUA